UUCAAUACCUACUAGUACCACUAAGUACCUAUACUCUAACGAAUCUGACCUGAAGGACUACACUAUCGUUUGAAGCAAAACUAAAAUACCCACAAUGACUUCCUUAGUUAAAGGUGUUUUUAUUGUCGGUGCAAAACGUACACCUUUUGGUACCUUUGGUGGUAAAUUAUCCAAAGUUCAUAUAACUGAACUUCAAACAAUUGCAUCAAAAGCAGCACUUACAGCUGCCAACAUCAAACCAGAAGAUGUUGAUUCUGUUGUCUUUGGAAACGUACUGACGCUUUCAGCAUCAGAUGGUGCAUUAUUUCCUAGGCAUGUUGGUCUGAAGUGCGGAAUACCAAUUGCAAGACCAGCUUACCACGUGAACAGGUUAUGUGGUUCAGGAUUUCAAUCACUUGUCAAUGGAUUGCAGGAUAUAGUUAUGGGAGUAGGUGACAUUGUUCUAACAGGAGGUGUAGAAAACAUGUCAGCAUCUCCCUACGCAGUAAGAAAUAUUCGAUUUGGUGGAGUACCACUGGGAACAAGUCCAGUUUUGGAAGAUACUCUUUGGGUGGGUCUCAUUGACUCAUACUGCAAACUACCUAUGGCAUUAACAGCUGAGAAACUGGGAGCACAAUUCAAGAUAACCAAGGAUGAAGUUGAUCAGUUUGCCUUGAGGUCACAACAAACAUGGAAAGCAGCUCAAGAUGCAGGACGAUUCAAGGAGGAAAUAACACCAGUUCCCUUGACAAUAAAAAAACAGACGGUUAAUUUUGAAGUAGAUGAACAUCCAAGGCCCCAAACAACCCUUGAAACUUUGGCGAAGUUGCCUACCCUAUUCAAAGAAAACGGAUUAGUAACUGCUGGUAGUGCAUCUGGUAUAUGUGAUGGUGCCGCAGCAGUUGUAUUGGCCAGUGAGGCGGCUUUAUCCAAAAACAACCUGAAACCACUGGCGAGAAUCGUUGGUUACUCCGUUGUUGGUGUUGAACCUUCAAUUAUGGGUAUUGGACCUUCUCCUGCCAUACAAAAUCUGCUCAAAGCUACAGGAAAAACUCUAAAUGAUAUCGACUUAAUUGAGAUCAAUGAAGCUUUCGGUGCCCAAACACUAGCCUGUGUGAAAGAUUUGAAAUUGGACAUUAAUAAACUGAAUGUAGAUGGUGGUGCAAUUGCCUUAGGUCAUCCCCUUGCAGCUUCUGGAUCUAGGAUUACUGGUCACCUUGUUCACGAAUUGAGGAGGAGAAAUGCUAAACUUGGUAUUGGAUCUGCUUGUAUUGGAGGAGGUCAAGGAAUAGCAGUAAUGGUUGAGGUUCUAUAAUCAACUCAUUACAUAAGAGAAGAUACAAUCCAAUACGAAAUGUUGAUUUUUACAAACGAUCAUUUAUUCAUUCCAUUGAUUCAUUGACACCAUAUUUUUAUACAAUGUUAUUUAAAACACGGAACAUUAAAAUAUAAUUGAUUAUUACCG